UGUAUAUUGGAACAGAUCAGGCUUAAUACGAUGCCACAAGAUAAUCUGGAGACAAUUUCUGAAAGAUCAACAGAGGCAUAAAGUCUGACGUGUAAUGAUGGUGCGUUGUGCGAGUAAUUACACCUGGGCCUGCCUGAUGGUACUAGCCUCCCUGUUUCUCGGGUCACAUCCGAGGAGAUUGAGCAAUCGGUCAGCCCUACUGCAAGAGUUGCUGUCUGAAUACGGACCAACCAGCGUCAGACCAGUCUACAAUGUCACCAAAACAACUACUGUCAAGUUUCGUCUCCUCAUUACUCAACUCAUUGAAUUGGACGAAAAGUAUCAGACGAUACAGAUCAGCGGCUGGCUCACACAGUUUUGGGAGGACGAGUUUUUAACAUGGGAUCCAGACCAACGCGAUGGUGUAACUUCACUCUUCGUUCACACAUCGAACAUAUGGCUACCGGACACUACCUUGUAUAAAAAUGUGGAUCCUAAAUUUGAGAGUUAUAAGGACAUUUCAGCGAAGGUUAACAGCACUGGGCAAGUGAAGUGGAGUACUCCAGUUAUCCUUAAGUGCACAUGCCGUAUCGACGCACGUCUCUUCCCAUUUGACAUCCAAGUCUGCGAGCUGCGAUUCAGCCCGUGGGCCUACGACGCGUCUGAGGUAAACCUCCAGGCGCAAGAGGCCCUCGCUCUCCAUGAUCAAUAUCGGGACGACGGCGUCUGGGAACUCCUCAAGAUCGAGGUGGUUCGACGAGAGAUCACGUACGCGUGUUGCCUGGCUCCUUACCCGGAGCUCUCCUACUUCAUACACCUGAAGAGGAGACCUCUAUUCCACGUGUUGAACAUUCUGCUUCCGUGUGUUCUGCUGUCUAUUCUGAACCUGUUGGUGUUUGCAUUGCCCCCGGAGUCUGGUGAGAAGAUUCAGUUGGGAAUGACUAACCUCCUGGCACUGGUGUUGUUUCAACAGUUGAUCACUGAUGCAUUACCACCCACGUCUGCCGCAGAAUCACCGCGAAUAGGUUUCUACUUUACUCCGAUGAUCAUCAUUGGCUGCACUUCCGUAAUGUGCACCGUGCUUGUACUAAAACUGUUCUACCAUAACGACCGUCGCCCAAUCCCGACCUGGCUGCGUAAAUUCAUCUCCAGAACAGCUCUAAUCCUCUUCUACCGACUUCAAAGUCACAGUAAACCAGGGAGCCGCCAUGUUAGUGAGUCAAGGAAACAGUCUGGUACCCGGAUCGAAAUGAAUAGCGAUUCUUCGUUGAUGGAGAACAGCGAGACUGCUGAAAACAAGGCCAAUGAAACCAACGCAGUCAGGAAACACGUUUGCAGCAACUGCCGGAUGAGCACACGGGAGAAUGGUCCAACCGGCAACUUGUCAAUUAACAUACCACCGAGAGCUGACAAAACAGGACGAAGAGGGAAGAUGAAGACCAGUGAGUUAACUUCAAAGGAGGUGAUUUUAGACUGGAAGGAUGUAGCGUUGGUUAUUGACCGGGCCGCUAUGGUUCUAUCGGCCCUCGUUACAGCAUGCGCAAUUGGGACCACUGUUGUAAUGAUCGCUAUAGGGGCGUAGUCAAGCCGUCUAAAUUAUGAUAACCUUCUUCGUAGGUUUCUAGCUCAAUAUCGAGAAAAAAUUUCUCAUAUACACGGGUAAAAAUAAAACACACACAAUAGGACAAAUCUCACAAUAUAUUGUCAACAAACAUUGUCAAUACACUCAACACUAGCAAUUUGACUAUUGAAUCCUUGUCAUUUGAUUGGUGGAUCUGGAACACGCGUCACAUAUCGUCCUAUGAUAUCUGGCUUUUUCAGCACUCAGCUUCGCCUCGAAAACUAAAAGUAGUCCAGAUUUCACUUCAUGUUUUAGCAACAGUACAUACAUUCAUGCAAGAUUGAAUACAACAUUGCAGCUAUCAUAUAUCAUACCGUAAAUAGUUGAUGCACUCUCGCACCCUCUCUCAUGUAGAGAAAAGGAAAAUCAUUUUCUACACACAGCAGUGUUGUCCGUACAUAAAUUCUCACAAGGCUAUUAUAAUAACAUCAAUUUGGAUAUAAAUGUACAUAAUGCGAACACAAUGUGGUGGUAACCAAUAGGGACAUUUCAAUUAGCGUAGCAGACUUUUCUUAAUUAUUGAUGGAACGUCACAUCCAAGGUCUACACUCCCGUCAGAGUUGACCCCGAUCAGAAAUGCAAGGGGGCCUGACCAAUUUGGGGUCAGGUUUGACCCUGUAUAUUGGUUUUAAAAAGGGGGAAAAGUAGCUUGGAUUCACUGUCAUAGUUUAGCCCGAAUUCCGGAUCAAACUGACAUAGAAAUGGGUCAGGCUCCCUCAGGGAUUCGGAACCGGGUCAAUUCUGACUCUAAAGGUUUUGGAUUGUAAUACGUUUAUUUCUUAUGUGGUGAAUUACUAUAGGGUUAAGCUUCCACUUAAUAUUUAUCCACGUGUGACCACUAAACGUAUAAUAAAAUAUUUACGUCCUAGUGUCUGUAAUUCAGUAUUAAUUUCUUAAUUAAUUAGAGGGCGCUGCUCUCUGUAGCGAUGAACCAUUGGCCUUUUGUGUCUCUCGCCUCUAAUUUUUGUACCAUCUUUGGGAUUUCUUUAAUUUAUAUAUUUUUAGUGUGUUCAAUAAUUAAGUUUUACCUAGUUUCAGCAACAUAUGGUAUGAGGGCUUUUUGUUUGUAUUGUUGUUUUUGUUUGUGUUUUCGUGUGUGUACGUG